UCAUUUCAAUACACGAUUCUAAACAGUACACAUCCAGUCAUUUUCUGCAUCGUAACCACUUCCUGAAACACCUGUUUGUCAGGUAGCUUGCGCACCAAAGAGGGACUACCCAAUUGCCAUCGUGCUCUACGAAAUGGAACAAUUGAAUAAUCGUUAGAAACAUGGACGACGAGUUUUCAAAACGUAGAACACCAUUACUUUAAUAGCCUUGGACAAAAUUAAUCGAACAAUACACGACAAGUCGUACUUCACACGGAACAUGUUCCGACAAUAUCGGAGUAUACUUUUGGACAAAUACUUUUUUCUCAUAAUUUGUUUUGGCCUGUCCAACGUGUCAGCCAUCUUAGUGAGCUCUCCUGUGGAGGUCCACGGUGCCAUGGGAGACUCGGUCACCCUGACCUGCACUUUCACCUCCACCAGCAGGGCCACUAGCCGCAUGUCUGUUGACUGGGCCUACCGGCCGCAGAGUGGAGGCCCUCCUCAGGCCUUCUUCCACUUUUCCUCGCUCGUCUUCCCCCCCACUGACAGGCAGUUUAAGGGGCGUGUCCAGUGGCAGGGCAGCCCCGCCCGGGGGGACGCCACUAUAGUGCUGCUCCAUGCCACCCUGAACGACAAUGGCACCUACACCUGCUCUGUCAGGAACCCCCCUGAUGUCCACGGGUCCCCCACCUCGCACACUGUCCUCACCGUCACCCCCCGGGCGGUAGCGGUGAGGUUCUCUGACGUUGCCGUCCUCCUGGCGUUCAUCCUACUCCCCUCGGCUGUCAUAACCAUGGCUCUGAUUGGCCGCAUGUUCUGUCCCCUUAGGGACAAGAACCAAUCACAUGCUUACCGUUCACCCAUAGAGGUCAUGGACGGCGAUGAGCACGUCCUCCAACCUACGAAGACCAGGGAGAAGAACGCCAACUGCUGUGACCUAUAUUGGAUGGACGAGGAUGAGGAGUACUACAUCCAGAAAGAGAGGCCCCGGGAAGAGGGCAUGGCUGAGUCUCACUGCUAGACCCCCCUGGUGGCUGAUGCUGUCAUUACAGCCGCCAUCACUGUCCGGCGAAGGGAGGAUGUGAAUUUGUUCACUUUUAGAGGGGAAAAAAAAACGUUUGAAUUCCAGUAACCUCCCUUACUUUAAAAGUAUUCACUAAACAUCCCUCUCCCUCGCAGACAAUAAUAUGAGAUAACAAAACAAUUGGAUUUGGUAAAGAAAAUGUUUGUUCUCCACUCAGAUUGACCCCAGUCCAGCUCUCUUAAGCCCCGACAAUGUGGAUAAGUCAUGAGGAGACCAGUGAAACCAACAAGAUUCCUGGCUUCAGCUCUGUUGAGGAGGGUGCAAAGCUGAGUAUUCAUCCAAGAGAUAAAUCAGAUAGCUUAGACACACAUACACACAUGCAUGGCUUGUACAUACUGAGCGCUAUGCUUUCCUAAGAUUCCAUGUUUGUUAAACGUGUCACUUUAUUCAUUUUUUUUUUUUUUUACAUGAAGGAUAAUUGUAUGGGUUGUUGUGACUAAAUUAUUAGCUGGUGUGCUACAGCUGUGAAAAAUCUCUGGAUGUUUUUGUACAGUUAUUAUGAUGCUUUAUUAUGAAAACGUAUUGGGUGUGGCUCCACUAAAUCCUACACCACAUUCAAAGUUCCCCGAUAGAAUGGUUGUGCUUUUAUCAUUGUUAUACAAUAUAACUACAAUAAGGUUCAUUAUUUCAUAACUUAAUGUUUGUUAUUAAAUUGCUAUGGGAGGUUGUGCUUCAUUAAAAAACUAUAGCAUUCCUGUUCAUAAGAGUGAAUUAUAUUACUGACAGUUUUAUUUGCUGAACUACUCGUGGUAUUGCGUAAAAUGUUGUCCUUAAUGUUCAAUAAAUGUCUCCAAACCAUAA